AUGCCACCAGAGGCACCAUUGAAAAGUUCAAUGGAAGGAUAUGCAAUUGAUAAUUUGGAAUGCCAGGGAUAUUGCAUGCUGGUAAAAAUCCAAUACAACGCCAGUAAUAUUAUCUUGCUGUUGCCAACUUCAACAACCAGCGUUGGAUAUGGUCUCCCCUCUGAAUUAGAUCCCUGGCCAGCUGAGGGUCAGGGAAGUCCUCGCGGUUGGAUGCUAAAGAUUCUGUUCGUUACUAUUCCAUGUGAUGAGAGAGUGGGUUCAGGAUUAAAGAAAAUGGAUAGAAACACUAGUUGUAUGCAACUACUCACCUCUGAGAAUAUGAAUGCGGAUCUGAGUCAUAUUUGGAAAAGAGCUCAGAUUAAAGAAUUAAAAAGAAAGGAAUAUAUGAAUGCAAAAUCGCAGAAAAAAGGUGGAUCCGCGUUAAAACGUCUCAAAACGACAUUGAAAGAAGUUGGAGUUAUUGGCCCAACUUCUCGUUCGAGCAUUAGCAAAAAACAGAGAAAAAGGGGAACACCUAUAGAAAGCGGAAAAAAUGAUAUCAAGACAAAGUUAAACCAAUUAAAUGAUGAAAUAAAUCCAUUCGAACUGAAAGUUACAAGAAUGAAACAUGAUGUUUUGGGAAAAAGGGUAAAAGGUGUUCAAGGAAGGCCUGGACUAAACCGACAAAUUGGAAUCGAAAAGCGUAAGAAAACAUUGCUCGUUGAAAUGGAAAAUAAGAAUAAAGCAGGUGGAAUGAUUGAUCGAAGAUUUGGUGAGAAUGAUCCUACUUUAUCACCUGAAGAUAAAAUGCUAGAGAGAUUUACGAGAGAAAAACAGAGACAAUCAAAAUUGUCAUUAUUCAAUCUUGGAGAUGAAGAUGAUUUGACACAUUAUGGUCAAUCUUUGUCUCUACAUGAUGAUUUCAAUGAGCCAGAUUUAGUAUCAAGUGAUGAAGGCAUUAUCGACAAGGAUACUGUUACCAAAAAUCAUUUUGUAGACCAUAAAAAAUCUAAAGUCGAAGUAAUGAAAGAAAUUAUCUCAAAGAGUAAAAUGCAUAAGUAUGAACGCAUGAUCGAAAAAGAAACUGAUGAACGCAUAAGAAAUGAAUUGGAUAACGAAGUUGAUGAAAUUCGUAAUAUUCUUAUCCCCCAAUCAACAGCCAAAAAUUUAGAGUCUCAAGAAGUAAAAUUUACAUCAAGAAAUCAAUUGAAUUCUGAGAUAAAAUUAAAACAAGGUGACAAAGAUGAUAAAUAUGAUAGGCAUGUGCGUGAGUUGGCAUUUGAAAAGCGCGGUAGGCCAACUGAUAGAACAAAGACUGAAGAAGAAAUUGCUUUGGAGGAAAAAGAAAAACUCGAAAAAUUGGAGUUUGCACGCAAACGACGUAUGGAAGGCCUGGAUUCAGAAUCCGAAGAUGACAAAGACAAGCAUAAAAGGCAAAAACGAGAACCGAUUGCUGAUGAUCUUGAAGAUGAUUAUAUCUCUGAUGAUUACAAUUUGUACGGACUUGAUGAUACAUUACAAGUCGCAUUUGAAGAAGAUGAAUUAAGUAAUGCAAAUAUCGAUAAAGAAGAUGAAUUAAAUAAUGUGAAGAUCGAUAAAGGAAAUGAAAAUUUUGCAAAAAAAAGAUUGGAUAAAAGUAAUAAAUUGUCUGUUACCUCCAAAGAAAAUAAAGACAAAAAGGAAUUACCAUACACUUUUCCAUGUCCAACAUCUCUUGAAAAUUUUUUAAAAAUUAUCGAUAAUAUUGACGAUAAUGACGUCCCCAUUGUUAUACAUCGUAUUCGUGUAUUAUAUAAUAUUAAACUCUCAGCGGACAAUAGAGAAAAAUUGGAGAAAUUAUUUCCAGUCCUUAUGGAUUAUAUCCUAUAUCGCUCCUCAGAAGAAGAUCCUAUCCCUAUGAUCCUUAUUAACAAAUUUGUGGGGCAUAUAUUCGACCUUGCGCAUCAAUUACCUGAAAUUGCUAAGGAUUAUUUUAUCGAAAAAAUUAUUGCAAUGCAAAUUAAUUUAACGAAGGGAUUAGGAGUAAAAAAAUCGAAAUCAUUAUUUCCUUCCGCUUCAGAACUUAUUUUGUUGCGAAUUUCAUUACAAGUGUUUCCAUCAUCCGAUUUUCAUCAUCCUGUGGUCACACCAACUAUUUUGCUUAUGGGACAAUAUCUUGCACAAUGUCCUUUAUCAUUUGUAUGUCUUGCGCCAAAAGGAACAUUUACUUCCAGUAAAUCUAUUCCAGGCACAUUCCCAUUAACAGAAGAAUUAAUAAUGAGUUUUCAUAUUAAGGAUCCAAGCAAAAUCAAUGAAGUUUUUCCUUUAGAUUUCUCACAAUUAUUAGGAAUAACAUCUUCCGAAAAGAAUUAUUCCGAUAUUUUUAAUAAAGACGAGUUUAGAGUUUCAGUAUUAAACGCUGUUUUGCAUUUAAUCAGUAAAUAUGCAAAAUUGUAUAGUUCUACAUCCGCAUUUAUAGAACUCUUUAGUCCAAUUUCUAAGAUAAUAUCGCUCUAUCCUAUUGAUAAAUUUUCUGAAAUUGUUAAGGCGAAAUUUUCUGAUGUACUGGGAAAAUUAGAAAAUCUUCAAAAAUUUACAAAAGAAAGUCGUAGACCUUUGGAAUUACAACAUCAUCGACCUAUUCCAAUUCCUACAUAUAUUCCAAAGUUCGAAGAGAAAUUUUCGGUUGAUAAACAUUAUGAUCCAGAUCGUGAACGUGCCAAAUUAAAUAAAUUAAGGUCCCAAUACAAGAAAGAACGUAAAGGUGCCAUCAGAGAACUACGUAAAGAUAAUCAUUUUAUUGCCAGGCAAAGUUCUGGAUUGAUUAAAGAAAAAGAUGCUGCAUACAAAAAGAAAAUAAAUCGUAUUAUGGAGAAUGUUUAUUUGCAGAUUGAUAUUAAUUCUAGUUCGGAUUUAGCGUGA